CGGUUGUUUAUUUCUUUACGUCUUUAUAAGUACUUUAUUUAUUUGCUGUGUUAUUACUUUUUAUGGGAGGCGUUAUAGAGAUUGAAUGAACUACCUAAUCUUGCUGUGCAAUCGAAAACCGACCAUGUUGUCGCGCCGCAGUAAGGAAAAGGCUACCGCUCAUAAGGAAGGUGUGGUUGGUAAGUAUGUGAAAAAGGAAACACCACCUGAAAUACCAGUGAUAAAUGUCUGGUCAUUUGAUGAGCAGCGAGCCAAACAUAAUAAAAAGUCACUGCAGCGUUGUGCAAGCACUUCGCCCAGUUGCGAAUUUACCGGCCGUAGUUCUGGUAAUUCAAGUCGCAAUACUUACUCCUGCGGCAACGACUCACAAUUGAAUUCGCAACCUGAUUAUUAUCAUGCAAGACGCGCACAAUCACAAUUGCCUCCAACGACAACGACAACGAUGCGUUCGGUGUCGCAGGCACAUCAGCAACGUUACGGUGUGACCGGCUUUUAUGCGCCUACCAAUUCCAUGUCCUCAACAAACCAACAUCCGCAUUUCUACUCAAGCAAUAAUUUAGAUAUGGCCAGCAAUGGACAUGGUCAUAGCGGUAACAGCAGCAAUGCUAGUAACAGCACUAACAACUAUGUAAACAUUGAGCAAAUCGACCGAAUGCGACGUCAACAAUCAUCACCUUUAUUGCAGCCAAACAAUGCAUCGUACGAACAAUUUCACAGAAGGCACUCUGCUAAUCAAAAACAUAGUAACUCUUAUGAUGGACGUAUCCGUGGAUUUACAAGCAGUGAUACCAAUACUACAUCAAUAGCUGAGGGUAUGGAUUCCUACAAUAAUGUACUUCAGAUACCACGUGGUGCUACACCAACUCCACCACAACAUUAUCCAACCAAUGCCAGUUAUUUAGCCGGCUCUGACUCCUAUCCCAUAUACGAAAAUCCCUUUAGAGUUUCUUCCAAUACUUCAGGAAGCGUUAUCAACAAUAAUCAUACAUCAAUGAAUAAUUUCGAUAGUCGUUCUACUCAAUCAACUGCAGAAGUUCGCUCUGAGUCACCCAUUUAUAGUAAUACCACUCUGGCGGUUUCCAACAAUAACUUGCAUUCAUCAUACGAUUUAACUGGUGGUACAGCAGCUGCAACUUCUGUUCAAUCUUUGUAUCAUGCACCGUCGAGGCAGCUACACUCACAAUCGGUCGGCAAAACAAACAGUACCACAAAUGUUUUACAAAAGGUGCCAUCACAGCAAUCCAUAGAAGAAGAGCUACCACUUCCACCCGGCUGGGCAAUGCAAUAUACUCUUCAUGGACGCAAGUAUUAUAUUGACCAUCACACGCAUACAACGCAUUGGUCGCAUCCGCUAGAGAGGGAAGGUCUACCGGUAGGAUGGCGACGUGUUGUUUCGAAAGUUCACGGUACCUACUAUGAAAAUCAAUACACAGGGCAAUGCCAAAGACAGCAUCCCUGCCUUACCUCAUAUUAUGUAUAUACUACAUCUGCCGAACCACCGAAGGCCAUAGGCCCUGAAAUGCCAGUUCCUUAUACACCGCCAGUACACACACACAAUGCGCUAGUACCGGCUAAUCCGUAUUUGUUAGAAGAGAUACCCAAAUGGUUGGUGGUAUACUCAAAUGCCGAUUCAUCGAAAGACCAUAUGCUGCAAUUCAACAUGUUCAGUUUGCAAGAUCUUGAGUGCUUCGAUGGUAUGUUGGUACGUCUGUUCAAGCAAGAGCUCGGCACAAUUGUUGGCUUCUACGAACGAUAUAGACGUGCUUUGAUUUUGGAAAAGAAUCGUCGUGCUGAGCAAGAGCGCUAUUUGCAAGAAUUACAUACACAAGCCACACAUCAAUAACACUCGUUAAAAGGCAGCUAUUUGAAUCCUACUUGUGUUUAGUGUGCGCUGUGCUUCUCCAAAACUUAGAUACUUGCGCAUAUAAGGAAACCUUAUAUCUCUUGAGGUAUAAUUGGACUGUCUUGUUAUGUUGAACUGUGAACUGUUUUCGUAUCAACAAACAUUUGAUAACUUUUAAGUAAAAAUUUUAUGUUACUGAUUUUAAAUAAUAUGUAUUUUAUUUAUAUUUACCAAUGAU